UAUCGAUCGGGUUCUUCGACAGAGAAGUGUUUCUGGUAAAAAUCUAGCUGGGAGCUCAGCAGAAGAUCUGUCAGUCCAAAAAACGAGUUUGUGUGUCGGAGCCACAGGACCUUCGCUGUUGUCGUUGGGCUGCGAUCCGCUAAGAUGACGGAGCUUAGGCACCGUGGAGCCCGAGACACCGAUCCGCUCCAGCAGCAGCCGUCAGAGGACAAGGGUUCAGACAGUGAGCUGAAAGUGGAAAAAGAUGGGGUGUCAGACACUGAGUCCAAGGUGGAUUCAGGGGUCCCAGAGGUGCCAGUUCCCCCUGAUGACACCCCUGAGGUUCUAAACAAGGCUCUUUCAGGACUCUCCUCAAGAUGGAAGAACUGGUGGGUACGAGGCAUCCUCACAUUAGCCAUGAUCUCCUUCUUCUUCUUCAUCAUCUACUUGGGCCCCAUGGUGCUUAUGAUGAUAGUCCUCUGUGUUCAGAUCAAGUGCUUCCACGAAAUCAUCACCAUUGGCUACAGUGUGUACCACUCCUACCACCUGCCCUGGUUCAGGACGUUGAGCUGGUACUUCCUGCUGUGUGUUAACUACUUCUUCUAUGGCGAGACUGUGACAGAUUAUUUCUUCACACUGGUGCAAAGAGAGGAGCCGCUUCGCAUCCUCAGCAAAUACCACCGCUUCAUCUCUUUUGUCCUCUACCUCACAGGCUUUUGCAUGUUUGUGCUGAGCUUGGUGAAGAAACACUACCGCCUCCAGUUCUACAUGUUUGGUUGGACCCAUGUGACCCUGCUGAUCGUAGUGACUCAGUCCCACCUCAUCAUUCACAACCUGUUUGAGGGGAUGAUCUGGUUCAUCGUGCCCAUUUCCUGUGUGAUCUGUAAUGACAUUAUGGCCUACAUGUUUGGUUUCUUCUUCGGCCGAACUCCACUCAUCAAGCUGUCACCUAAGAAGACAUGGGAGGGAUUCAUCGGUGGACUCUUUGCCACUAUUGUGUUUGGCAUCAUGCUGUCCUACGUCAUGGCCGGCUACCACUACUUCGUGUGUCCAGUGGAGUUUAACAACGACUCCAACAGCUUCGAGAGGGACUGUGAGCCAUCAGAGCUUUUUCAGCUGCAGGACUACGCCCUGCCUGGCAUCCUGGAGUCUGUCACCGGAUGGACCACAGUGCGUCUAUAUCCAUUCCAGAUUCAUAGCAUUGCUCUCUCCUCCUUUGCCUCCAUCGUGGGACCAUUUGGCGGCUUCUUUGCCAGCGGCUUCAAGAGAGCUUUCAAGAUCAAGGAUUUUGCCAACACUAUCCCAGGUCACGGUGGCAUCAUGGACAGGUUCGACUGCCAGUACCUCAUGGCCACAUUCGUCAAUGUCUACAUUGCCAGUUUCAUCAGGGGCCCAAACCCCAGCAAGGUGAUCCAGCAGCUCCUGGCCCUCCGAGCUGAUCAGCAGCUCCACAUCUUCAACUCGCUGAAGGCUCACCUGACAGAGAAGGGCCUGCUGCCGAUGCUGGAGGAGGCCGCCGCCUAGAGACGCCCACAGCAGCUCGCCCUGAAGGGAGGGGGGAGGCAGAGAGGAGGGCAGCACCCAGGGGCCCUGAGCGGCCCCGGAGCUCUGGGAGACUCGCAGUGCUUUGUUUGAGCGAGAACACAUCCAAGAAAAAAAAAAAAGAAAAGAAAAACACAAAAAAAACGACAGCCUUGGGUCAUUCCAUUUCAUUUGGGUAUGAGAGUCGUGCGUGUUUGUGUUCUGUGAAUCUUGUUUCUGACACUAGUGUUAUCAGGUUGAGUUUGUGAAUUACUGUACUGUUUUCCAUUAUAGUCAGCUUCUACCUAUUAACACUGUUAAACAAAACGUUGGUCAGCUGUACAUUUCUACCUGAAUACAGGAUAUCCUCUAUAUACCUAAUAAUGUGUGUUAAUAUUUUAUUGUAUGUUUUUUUUUUUGUUUGUUUGUUUUUUUUUGAAUGCACUGCUCUCAACCCUGUUACUCACUGUAUUCUUACUUGAGCUGCACCUCCCCUCCAAAUUUCACUUUUUAAUUUUCUGUUGUGAUUGUUUCUAUUUAUACAUAGAUGGUUUUUAUAUUUGGUAUGUUCUAUUAUAUCUUAAUGUUGUGUCUGUUUUAUUCAGGCUGAAUUCACCUUUGCCAUCUGUUUCUUGCGUUUCAUUUUGUUUUCUCUGCCAUUCAUCCUGCUUGGCCAAAUCAUUAACAUUAUACGAUCGUGCCGAACUAUAAAGUGAACAACUAAAUGACACUCAAGUAUUUGAAUCCGAUAAACCUGACAACUGUUUUGUGUUGUAGGGAGAAGUUUAGUGUUUUAUUCUGAAUCAAAAGAUAUCUCUGAAGGCCAGUGCGACAGACACCAGCACCCUUUUCAGCAUAACAGCCGCAAUCUGUCCUGGUUGCUGUUUAAUAAGAAAAGAGAACGCUUCCCUGAGAGUGAACAGUCACGUUGUAUGUUACGUUCUGUGUUCCAUCUUUUUUUUUUAUCUCUAUCAUGGAGCUGUAAUAGCUUUUACAUGUGUUCAGCGAUUACUGUUGAGUUGUGCUUCGUCCUUGUCACAUUGUUGGCCUGAGAUUGUUUGUAACAGCAGGGUACAAUGAUGGCUUCUGCACUGCCAUUCUCUGCUUCUGUGUGUUGUAACCUUGCCGUGUUCACAGCACAGACACAAUAUAUGUUACUGUCACUGGUCAACUUGACCUGUUAAAGUGGCCAAUAGCAUUCUCCUGCAUGUGUUCAUGUUGGACUUUGCCAAUACAAUCACCUGUGUACAUAUCCUUGUUCAUUCCCAGAGGUUUUGCAGCAGGAUUCUUUGAUAUUUAUGCUACUGGCAGGUGUAUGUUUGAUUUGGUGAUGAAAUAUAUAAGCUGAAGCUUCUUCGCUGUUGGGUUUCUUUGUGUUUGUCAAGCCUUCAAAAUGAAUUUCACUCUGUCUGUAGUUUUCUUGGCAGAAGUUGAAGAGGCAUUGCACUGAUUUCUAUACAUAAAUAUCAUUUCUCAUAAAGAGGAAUACUCAACAUCUUCACUUGCCUGAUUUGUAGUAACUUAGGGACGACAAAUUGCAGUGGAAAAAUGUGAUGAGGGACAAUUAAAUUAAAGAUGCUGUUGAGAUGCAUUCUGGGGAGUGUGGUAUCCAUGUGCUAUCUCUGCUUCUGCUGCAGCAAUUUUGACAGUUCCUUUUUAGUCUGACUCUUCUAAGUUUUCCAACUUUAGGGAACUAAGUUGCAGGAGUGUUCCCUUUAAACUGCCAACACAUUCUGCUUUGUUGUUUCAGUUUGAGUUUUCCACCAUGUUUUAAUGACAUCUACUUAUAUUUUUCCUAAAUUAAUGACUUAUAAACUCACAAAAUGAUACAGUUGGAAAGCGACAUUUGAAAUGUCCAGUAGAUUCCAAAAGACAACUUAUUAAUAUCAAUGUGGUGAAUCUGCAAGGUUCUUUAUGGUUGUGAAGAAAAGACACCAUAGACACAGAUUCAGCUGUAAACAUCCACCGCACUUACAAAUCAACCAGUCAGCAUCGUGUUUGUGCCUAUUUAUUGUUGUGUUUCUGUCCAAUCAGAGAAAGAAUGGAUUUAUCUUUGUCAGUGAAGCUAGAUAACGCAGGCAGAACUGUUUCUAUACUCAAGAGUUACAGGACAAAACAGCAAUAUGAACAAUCAUACAGUAGUCAGUGUAGCAGGGAUGUGAAGGUCAGUACCGAGUGUCUCCAUGCUAACCAUACAAAACAACUUAUUGUUGUGCCGUUGUCUGCGUACUGUUAAUUACUUCUUCACUGAGAAUUUCUUUAGAAUGAGUUUCCCACCUUAAAUUUCCUCUCAUCAGAUACUGUCCUUAAACAUUUCUAUAUUUUUAAGCAAAGGCAUCUGUUUUUUUGUAACCCAGAAUCAGCUUUUGCUUCAUUAUGGCAAUCCAUGUUUAAAAGUUGACCUCAAUAUUUUUUCAUAAAAAGAACCACUGUAAAAAUCAAGCAUGGCUUUACAUGUUGUUCCCAUGUUUGAAUGUCACUUCAUUCACAUGUCUGUCAAUGUCGUUCCAUUCAUGAGUUUUGUGUGUGACAUCUAACCGGUCUUAAUUUUAUCUUUCUUAAAGUAUUUAUUUUAUUUACUGUAAGCAAAUCCAACCUUUUCCAAGUUACUAUAUUGUACAUUUAUUAAGAAGAUGUUUAGAAACAUGUUAAGUGUUCUUUAGUAUUUUUGGUUAGAGGAAUAUUUAAAGUGUUAAUAUUGCCAUAUAGGAAAGAGUAUUGAGAUAGCAGAAAAGUAUUUUCUCUGUCGUUUCUCGCUGUGACUUUAGUGCAGUUGGGUGUUUUCUAGGCUCGUCCCCGGUAGCUGUCAUGUGUCAACUUCUGUGUCACAGUGCAAGUCAAAUGCUUGUUACUUGUGGAUGCCGUAUCGAGUGGUUUCCGGAAAGUAACUCAAGGACUGGUGUCUCAGCAGUCGUAGAUAUCUUUGCUGCCUCCGUGGUGGUUUGAGGUUUUUAGCUCUGCAGCUCUGUACUGCCAUUUCUCUGCCUGGUGUUACGGACGGCCACUAGAGAGAGCUGGAGCUCCUGUGCUCGGCCGAUCCGCAGUAAUGCUGAUGUGGAGACGUUUGACUCUUUGUUCCUUCUGCUUGAUACAUUCCAGCACCCCUGAAGUUGAGAUUUGCUCACAAGGAGGCAAAAUAUAAGGGAUGAACUUUAAGUAAAUUAAAAAAAAAAAAAGAAACCUGACUUUCUUCCCCCCCAAGGCACAUCUGUGCCACUUUAAUGAACACAGUGCCACUUUGCUGUAGUGCAUCUUGCCCAGCCAGGACCCUCUAUAAGGAAUGUAUGGGAGUUGUGUCUGUCCCACAUGCUGUGUAGGCUCCCCUUUGUGGACAUUUUAUUUUGUGCUUAUAGAUUCUCCUACAAAGCUGUAUAAUUUCAGUAUAUAAUUAUAAAACUGUGCAAUGGUUUGUGUUGAGUUGUCUAGAAAAAAAUAAGCUGCACUCUUUGAUGCUGAAAUGUGCUUUGCCUUGGUUCAGAGAAAAUUAAAGUUAUACAAAAUCA